AUGGACCCAGUAGCACGUUCCGAAUCGGCUACGCCUCGAGCUUCUGGUGCCUCGACGCCGCAGCCAUCAUCUAAGGUCCAACAGCCUAAGCCACAAGCACUCCCCAGCAGGUCUGGCCCAUCUGCCAUCCUCGUGUCAACACGACAAAAAGGCAAUCCGAUCUUGAAUCAUAUCAAACUACUGCCAUGGGAAUAUGCAGACAUACCAGCCGAUUAUGUGGUCGGAAACACCACCUGUGCUUUAUUUCUUUCCUUGAAGUAUCACCGCUUACAUCCCGAAUAUAUCUACUCGCGAAUCCGUCUCAUAGCAGGAAAAUAUCUGUUACGGAUUAUCCUGGUUAUUGUGGAUAUUCCAAACCAUGAGGAAAGCUUGAAGGAGCUUUCGAAAACAUCCAUCGUCAACAACAUGACGCUGAUCCUUUGCUGGUCUGCACCUGAAGCUGCACACUACCUUGAACUGUUCAAGUCUUCUGAAAACUCUCAACCCACUGCUAUUCGCACGCAACAAGCCCAGUCAUAUAAAGAAUCUCUUGUUGAGUUCGUCACGACACCCCGGAGCAUUAAUAAAUCAGAUGCAGCUAGCUUGAUAUCUACGUUCGGAAGCCUGCAGAACGCAGUCAAUGCGCAACCUGAACAGAUUAGUGCAGUACCUGGAUGGGGUGAGAAGAAGGUCAAGCAGUGGUGUAGUACAGUAAGAGAAAGCUUUAGGGUCGAGUCGGCAAAGAGGAAAACUCGCGGAGGGAUCGCUGGAAACACAGCCGCAGAAACAAUCCUAGCAGAUGCUGAGGAUGGCCGCCUAGAGGCACGGAGACAAGCCGUCGAAGACCGUCGCAUGCAGGAGUCGAGUCAGCAGGAGGAGGGAAUGAGUGAGGGCAUUAUGGCUGCUCUUGCGAAGUAUCGAGAGGACGGUGGUUGAUUCCUUAAUCAGGUGGACUUUUGUUUAUGAUAUGGAGACUGUGGUAUAAUAAACAAACAUUACCUUGCGGUUACCAAUAACAUAUCCCAUCCCGCAGCCUAGAUAUCCAG